UGCGACAUGACGGCUCCCUUUGGCGGUGGUACCAGCUUCUGGCUUUGCCUGAUUUGGCUCCAACUGGGUCUGAUCAAUGCAGCCCUGGAGUUCCUGCGGGUUUUCGUUCCCCUGAACCUCGUGAGACUGAGAGAGAUCGAUGACGAGGAACGGGACAUCGAGGGCGAGUGCACUUUUGGGGCCAUCAGCAUACGAAUGUUCGCAUUCUAAGAUGUAAGGGAAAUGUGAUCUCUUCAGUAACUAUAAGUUAAGUCAACUACACAUUUAACCAUAAACUAUGUAGAAAAAAAAACACUGAUUGUUUGUAAUGUAUUAUACCUAACUAAAAACCUGAAGACAAAAGUAUACUAUGAACCUGUUAUUGUUUUAAGCAUUUUUAACGUAAUAUUUUAAAGUUUUCUAUAAGAUUUGUAAUUAAUUAAACGACUACCAUAUCAGAUAUGAAAAAAAUUCCUUUUUUUAUGAGGUUUAUAAGUAAGUAGGCAAACAGUAGCGAUAUGAGUAAAACAAAGAGUAAGCAGGCAAAUAAAAAUGAAAUAUAUAUUUUGUA